AUGGAUCCCAUCAAUCGUCAACCCCACGAGCCUACGUUGGCUGCCUUUUAUUGGGAAGAUCAAUCAACGCUAUGCUAUCACUUGGAUGUGAACGGCAUCCUUGUCAGCCGUCGUCAUGACAAUGACAUGGUCAAUGGCACCAAGUUACUCAAUCUCACCGGCAUAUCCCGUACCAGGCGUGAUACGAUUCUCAGAGGUAUUGAGAACGGUGUUGUGAUUCGUGUUGGUCCCCUUCACCUCAAAGGUAUCUGGAUCCCUUACCAUAGUGCCCUGGAAUUGGCUAAUGGAUACGAUAUCAUGGAUCGUGUACGUCCUUUGUUUGUGGAGAACCCUUCGGAGGUCGUCUCAUGGGCAGCAACUGCUCAGUAUAAUCGUCUACCUGCUUCUUCGAGUUUAUAG